AUGUCGGAUACAGCAUCAAAGCAGCCCGAGGUGGCUGCUCAACAGCUUCCAUCCGAAAAGCAAGAUGAGGCACUGCGGUAUCUUGAGAACCACAAUGGCAUCGGCGCUGCGGAAGUUGAUGCCGUAGAUCUCAAGGCGCUGCGAACCAAAGUGGACUGGCAUAUUGUGCCAUUGAUGUUCUUGUGCUACUUUUUGCAAUUCAUCGACAAGGUCAUUAUCAACUAUGCAGCUGUCAUGGGGCUAUCGGUUGAGUUGAAACUCGUCGGUAACGAUUUUACAAAUGCCAGUACCUCGUUCUUCAUCGCCUACUUGAUUGCAGAAGUCCCGAACACAUUCCUUUUGCAAAAGGUCCCAGCCGGAAAAUGGCUAGGGUUCAACGUCAUCAUCUGGGGUGUCGCUGUCGCUGCAACUAGCGGUGCCAAGGGCUUCACAACUCUAGUUGUAGCGCGUGUCUUCCUAGGUUUGUUUGAAGCUACCAUCGGCCCUUCCCUGAUGAUCAUCAGCAGCCAGUACUAUACCAAGAAGGAGCAAGCACCCCGUUUCAGCUUCUGGUAUCUUGGUCUUGGUGUCGCUCAAAUCAUCGGUGGUUUGAUUUCAUACGGCUUUCAACAUGUUCACCAUGCCUCGAUCAGUGGAUGGCGCAUCAUGUUCAUUGUGCUUGGAAUCGUGACCUCGAUUGUCGGUGCAGUCGUAUUUUUUUAUAUUCCGGAUACGCCAAUGAAGGCCAGCUUUUUGACCGAGGUUGAGAAGGUCGCGCUUUUGAAGCAUAUCAGCGAGAACAAGACCGGUGUCUGGAACAAAAAGUUCAAUUACAAACAGAUCUUUGAGGCUGUAUUUGAUGUACAGGUGUGGUUGCUGACGUUGAUGGUGGUUUUGCAAUCCGUCUCGUCCGGCGUCGUGACUACGUACUCCUCAACCCUCAUCCGCAACAUGGGUUUCAGCUCGCCACAUGCUGCCCUUCUGAACAUGCCCAGUGGCGUUGUCAGUAUUGUCUCUACUCUAGCUGUUGGUAUCGGUAUUCGCAAAGCAGAGAACCGUUGGGCUUGGGUCUUUGGGUGCAGUAUCCCUGGAAUAAUCGGCGGUGGUUUGAUGUCUUUUCUACCGAGUAGUAACAAAGCCGGUUGUCUGAUCGGUAUUUACCUUGUCAAUGCGAUUGUUGCGCCUCUCCCGGUCAUUUACCACUGGACCGCCGCGAACUGCGCUGGAUACACCAAACGUGCUUUUUGCAGUGCUCUUGUUGCUGGUUCGUUUUCCAUUGGCAACAUCAUUGGACCGCAAACAUUCCAGGCUAGGGACGCACCACAAUACCAUCCUGCCAAGAUCGCAGUCCUUGCUACUCAAGCAGCUGCUGGAGUAUUGGCAGUUGUUCUGUACGGAUACUAUGUCUGGGAGAACAAGCGUCGUGAUGCCCGCGAUGCCGCUGAGCCACAGGUGGUUGACACAUCGAGCGAAGACUACAAGGUCGAAUCCUGGUCAGGAUUGACGGACAAGGAAAAUCGCAGUUUCCGCUACGUCUACUAA